AUGCUGACCACCUGGCACCUGCUGCUCGGAUUCACUGUCCCGGUGCUGGGGCACUAUGUCUCCAUCACCUGCCCGCCCGGCAAGGUGUGCCAGCGGGCCCUGCUCUCCGGCAGCACCAUCCUCCUGCACUGUAACAUCUCCGGAGCGCAAUGGUACCACUUCAUGCAGCGUGACCAGUGGUCCUCCAACAUCUCCGUCAUUCCCAAUGUGAACGUCAUGCCUGGGGGCAGCAUGGUCAUUACCAAGCCCCUGCCCUCCCAGACAGGCAUCUACUACUGCAGGGACAAGAGCAACAGACAAGUGACGCAGUACGAGAUCGACUUCCAGGACGUCUCCAAACUGCAUCUGACACACAGAGGCCUGGGUCAGAAGCCCCUGCAGAACGAGACCCUGAUCCUGGGCCACAAGGAGCGUGUCUUUACCCGGUGGGAGCCCUGGCAGGACUGUAACAGAUGCAAGGAGCCCGGGGAACGGAAGCGCGUGGGCUACUGCUACAUCGAGGUGCCCCUGGAGGAGCCGGUUCCCUGCUGGCUCUACCUGGGAGCUGUCAAGAUCUUGUCCAACCGCAUGCGACCCGAGCUGCAGGUGGAAGACUGCCAAGUCCAGUGUGUGCCCAAGCUGUCAUCCAAUAUGAAUUUUGUCAUCUUUGACAACUACAGGCUCAAUGAGGGGUCAGGGUCCACAUGGCUCACCUGCCCCUUAGCAUCCAUCUACAGGCCCGUCGUCUGGGAGCUCGACGACAGCCCCCUGACCUGGAAGGGCCAGCUCUCCGGCCAGGACAUCAGCACCUUCCUGGACCCCAGCACGGGAGGUCAGCAGCUGCAGAUCUUCAAGUCGGCCACCUACAAGUGCUUUGUGCAUCAGGAGUUCAUCGCCCGCUUCAACGCCCAGGGCAACCAGGACGCGCUGGGGGCCCUGCGGGACAGGAUCAAGGCCGAGGAGGCGCUGCAGGGGCAGCCCGGCCCCACCCUCAGGAGGCUGGCACUGACGCUGCUCGUGGGCACCGUCCUGGCCAUGGCCGCGCUGCUGCUGCUGCUCCGGCUGCUCUGUGCUUCCCGGGGCAAGAGGAGCCGGCAGACGCUGCUGGUGAAAUAA